AGUGGGCCAGAGUGAGACAUGGGGUACAGUGAGACAUGUCUUUUAACUCCAACUAUUAUUAAAUGGAAAUUUCUUUCAAUAUUUCCCAUGUUGGUACCCUUCAUAACCUCCAUUUUUAUUAUGUUUUAAUGUUGAUGACACCUGAUAUUAACCAGAUAUUUUAAAGUGUUGGUUUUCAGUCAUGACACGCAACAGGAAGAGAAAAACAACUAUUGGAACAUUUAAAGAAGAUGACAUGAGAGCAGCUGUAAAACUUGUGGAGGAAGGCUUGUCAGUGCGAAAAGCUGCAAAAACUAAAGGUUUAGCUUUUCAGACACUUCACAGGUGAGGCUUAGUGCUAUGAGAUUCAGGCCUACUUAUGGUUUAUAAAAUAUGUCUUUCUCAACAAAAUUGUUUCGUGUUUUAGGUAUGUGAGAAAAAAGAUGAAUAAUCCCUAAAUGGCUAACAUGAGAAUGUGUCCCAAGUACAACAGUCGCCAAGUGUUUAACACUGAACAAGAAAGCGAGUUGAAAGAUUAUCUGUUAACUUGUUCAGCUAUGUGUUAUGGCCUGAGUUUGAUGAACUGCAGAGAAUUAGCAUUUGAAAUUGCAUCAAGAAAUGGUAUUGAUUGUCCCGAAACAUGGAAAAUCCAAAAGAAAGCUGGAAUAGAGUGGGUCCGGGGUUUUUUGAAGAGGCAUCCAGACUUAUCCCUAAGGCAGCCAGAAGCUUGCAGUUUGUCACGUGCUACAUCAUUUAAUAAACACAAUGUGGGGCUGUUUUUCGAUAAACUUGAGACUGUGCUUAAACGAUCUGACCACUUCUCCAAUGGAUUGCGUAUUUUCAAUUUUGAUGAAACUGGUUGCAGCACUGGUCAAAAACCAACCAAAAUCAUUGCAGGAAAAGGAGUGAAGCAAGUUGCAAAAGUAACAAGUGGCGAGAAAGGCAGCCUCGUCACAUCAUGUUAUAUUGUCAACGCAGCAGGGAAUACUCUUCCUCCAGUCAUCAUCUUCCCAAGAAUGCAUUUUAAGGAACAUAUGCUUCAUGGUGCCCCCACUGGAAGUCUUGGCCUCGCAACACAGUCAGGUUGGAUGAAUGGUGAACUCUUUGUUGAAGUUUUGCACCAUUUUGUGAAGCACUCAUUUUCCUCGCUAGAAAAUCCCGCUGUUUUGAUACUGGACAUUCACGAGAGCCACUUAAGUAUAGAGGCUAUCGAGUUAGCCAAGGAAAAUGGGGUAACCAUUUUAACAAUUCCUCCUCACUGCAGUAAUCGCCUUCAACCACUUGAUGUAUCAGUGUUUGCGGCCUUCAAGUCUUUCUAUAAUGCUUCGGUUGACUCGUGGAUGAUGAGAAACCCUGGAAAAACAGUUUCGAUAUAUGAUGUGGCAAGUUUAAUUUGUGAAGCACACGAAAAAGCAAUGACACCCGCAAACAUCACACCUGGAUUCCGCAAAACAGGAAUUUUUCCUUUUAACAGGAAUGUGUUUUCAGAGCAAGAUUUUUUGGCAAGUGCUGUGACUGACAGGGAAAUUAGUCCUACACCAGAAGCUACGAGACCGUGCAGUAGUAAAGACAUUCCAAUCCACAAUUCAAUGGUGACGACUGGAGAUGGACAUUCUGAAGAAAAUAGCUUGACACCUAGUUACAUAAGCCCAGUAAACAUACAUAACUAUCCCAAAGCAGGAAAGAGAUUGGAGUCUGCUAAUAAAAGGAAAAAGGGAAGAUCUUUCAUUCCAACUGACACACCAGAAAAAAACCAACUUGCUCUUCAAUACCAACAUAAAAUGAACAGCAAGAGAGGUCUAUUCAAGAAGUGUGACCCUAUAAAAAUAAAAUUCACUGAGAUUUCAAAUGAAGAUGAAGAGUUUUCUGAAUCUGAUGUUUCUUCAGACAAUGAAGUAAUACAACUUCAAUCAUACGACCAACUUGCGAGGAAGCCUAAAGAAGUUGACUUUGUCCUGGUAGAGUUUUCAGGAAAAAACACAAAAUUUUACAUUGGGGAGGUGCUACGAGAAAUAGACAUUGAGGAUUAUGAAGUCAAGUUCCUGAGAAAAAGUGAAAAAAUGUGGAGGAAGUUUUUUUACCCAUAUGUUCCAGAUAUUGCAUCAGUUGCUACAAAAGAUAUUAGAGCAUUAUUGCCUGUUCCUUCUGAACUGGAAAAACCAAAAGACAAAAGUCGUACCUCAAAUUUUGUGUAGAUUUUGGACGGCUGAAUGUUCUAUAAAUUUUUCCUGGCAUUUAUGUUGAAGUGCAGUGAUUGUUGUUAGGUAAAUCUGAUUGUUGUAUAGCGUAUUCAGUUUGUCUCACUGUGGACCACUGUCUGUCUCACUGUGGAACAUCUGUGGGGUACAGUGAGACGUUUGAUAUGUAAUGAAGAAUUGCAUUUUCUAAGAAAAGGUCUCAUAUAUUACGGAAUUUAUAGUUUGCAAUAAUAAAGAGCAUUAAUCAGGCUAUUUUUUGGCAUAAGAGGAUGUCUUUAAAUGUAGAAAAGUAAACAGUGAUUUCAAAUAAAAAAUUUUGUGUCUCACUCUGGCCCACCCUCCCCUAUUGGCCCAAACUCUAUAGACACCAAAACCAUUUUCACCUGAAAAGAUUAUAUAUAAGUGGUAUAUAAUAGCCGGUGCGGGGACAACGAGUCGGAGUGGGGCGCUGGAGCCGAUGUCCCACAUCUUGGUUUCUAACAUC